CCCUCAUACUGGUACCACUCACUGUUCUCUUUAUUACCGCUGUCCGCCUCCCGUUCCUAUAUUUGACAGUGGCAUCUACACCACUCGUUACGCCUUGUUUUCUUCCCCAUGGCAUCGUCUUCAUCAUCAUCACCGGAAAUCUCUGCCGCUCCGACCGCAACAGGAUCCCAAUCUUCCGUCCAAUAUGCGCACCUCAGUCGAGAAGAAGUGCUCGAGGAACUCUCGAGCCGUUUCGUUCUGAACCUACCCGACGAGGAGCUCGCAUCCGUUGAGCGAGUGUGCUUCCAGAUGGAACAAGCACACUGGUACUACGAAGACUUCAUCAGGGAGCAGAACCCCGCAAAAUUUCCGUCUUACAGCCUCAAGACUUUCUGCGAGAUUUUGUUCCGAACAUGUCCACCCUUACACCAUCUAGCCAAUGACCAUGAUCGAGUGUUCGACAAGUUCAUGCAAUACAAGACGCGAGUGCCUGUUUGUGGUGCUAUCAUGCUCAACGAGACUUGGGACAAAUGCGUCCUUGUCAAGGGUUGGAAGUCGUCUGCAGGGUGGGGCUUCCGAAAGGCAAGAUCAAUCAAGAAGAACCACGACCCGCUGCGCCGUCCGCGAGGUUUGGAGGAGACUGGAUAUGAUCUGGAGGGGCAAAUAGACCCAGAGAAUGUUUUCGAGUUGUCCAUCAAGGAGCAGUCGAUAUCUCUUUACAUUGUCCCUGGCGUGCCGGAAGACUUCCCUUUGAAACGAGGACACGCAAGGAAAUCAGUGUACAAAAUACAAUGGUUCAGACUGUCCGAUCUUCCGACAUGGAGGCGCAAUAAAUCCGUUCCUGGAAAGUUCUAUCUCAUAUCUCCUUUCAUUGGCCCAUUGAAGGCAUUCAUCCACGACCGUAAACCACGCAAUUUGCCGAGACGCAACAGCCAAAUCCAAACAUCACACGCUAGUCUCACCGCUCAUGCUCCCAGUGAGGACGAUAUCGCGAACUUGGGCAGCUACGCUGCAGUCAAUGGCGAUCAUGCUCAAGAGUCAAGCUCUCAGUCAUCGUCUGCAGACAAUGGCGAACCGCAAACACCCUCGCCUCAGUACAGCGCUCCGCACGUGAACUACCAACCUCCCUCCCAUCUAGAGCCUCAUGACGAGAUGGCAGAGAUCAACUUAGACGGAGUAGACCCUCACUUCGCCCGCCUUCUCAAUUCGUUAUCCUUGUCAGCGUCGACUUCUGUCAUUGGCAGUGCGAAGGAAUCGAUCAGCAAACAGCGAGCACCGUCCCCCUCGAAAGUUCCAGCUCAUCCUACCGUAGUCGACAUGCCCCAAAGCGCGGACCUCGGCUCAGACUGGUCCGUCAAUGUGCCUCAACGGCUCGCUGAGCCGCCCUCAGCGAAACACAGCACGCCUACCAUAGAUCACGGUUGCCGACCAGCUGCCACUGCAACGACGCUCGCUGGGUCUUCUAUGUCGGCUCUCAAUGGCCUUGCCACAGAGAGUAGUCUGGGCCUACAGCAACAGCGUCCACCCUCAUCUCACGCAGUUGCUCCCGACGCGCAAGCGAAGCUGUCCCCUCGGCUGUCCCGAGCUCAUCGCGCCUCGAGAGCGUCAGCGGAUAUAUCUCCGUACCUCUCGCGCCCGCACGACAUCCAGAAGGAGAUGAAGUACAUCUCCUUGCUCGAGAAUGUCGCAAAGGAAUCCGACAGGUUGUCGUCUCACUUGGCCCGUAGGACUCCCUCCAUCCCAGACUCCCUACACGCCUACUCCGGCCCGCCUGCGCCCAUGUAUCCGGCGUCUACAUUCGGGCGUGCUGGCGAUCCCCUCAUCUAUUCCUCCAAUCCUGCUGCUGGGUCGACCUACCCUCCACCGUCUACCAUGAUGCCCCGUCUCGAUCCCCUUUGCGACGACCCCUUCACCGUACGCCCACGUACCAGCAACGCCUUCCAUCCACUGCCCUACGUGCCGUCGCGCAAGGCUAGUCUGAAUGAAGAUCAGUUGGGCUAUAUGACUCCUGGGCUAGAGUCUCGCACACCGAGGGUACCUGGUCCUGGUUUUGGUACAUUGCCCUCCACAGGCCCGGGCGCAUACGGUCCUGCGAAUGGUAUGACGCGACCUGCCACCAUCGCGCCGCUACGCAUCCUCCCCCAGGCACAGUACCCCAUGUACGAUGGGCCCCAGCUGUCGCCGAUGUCUGGCCCACCCCUUUCUCCCUCAGCAGCCUACGGACCUACCGCCGCCGUCGCUCCGCCCAUGACUGGAAACCCCAUGCGUGCGACAAACAACGCUCAUUUGCUAUCUAUUUUGAACACGCCCAACACCGUGCCUCGCUCGUAUGCUGCGUCUGGUCUCAUGUCAAUGAACAUGAACGGCGUCGGGCCAAGAUGAUAUAUUUUUCCAUCUUGCGGGAGCGCACGCGUGCGUCGCCUCAAAUCACAUUGCGCGCACACUGGACCGGGCAGACAUAAGUAUCCCUGUAGCAUUGUUUGUUAUUAUACGCUUACGUGACGCUAUUGAAUUUGUGUCCAUCGACUACCCCUACCAUUCCGUCACCACUCGACAUCUGUACAUUUUGUUAGCUUUCCUACUACGUCGUAACCCCUCGAUGAUGCCUUUCCCCUUGUUAAUGUCUUCCUUCCUGUUUCUUUUGUGCGGCUUCUUUGCUGCUCUCCGC